CUGUGGUGACGUAUGCGGAAGUACCGCCAAAAUCGCUGUUUCAAAACAUGUAUGGACAUGAACGUCACAGCUGAGUGUUUCGUUCAAAUGUUAAGGUUUUUGAUAUAGGAUUUUAAAAAAGCGAUGUUUUUAAGUAUUCUGUGGGUUUUCUGGUCCAAAAGAAAACGACGCAACACAUACAAGUUCGGGAUUUCUUAGAGCAAAUACUGGGUCAGACAGACUGCCACAAAACAACAGGAUGGAGGUUUCAUCAAGCAAAGAGGAGAGCUGUCUAUCGAGAAUGGCGCUCAAUGACAACAAGGCUGGCAUGGAAGGUCUUGACAGAGACAAGAUCAAUAAAAUCAUCAUGGAAGCCUGUAAGGGAUCCAAGUUUUACGAGAAUGAGCUGAAAAGGGAGCAGCAGAUGAACCAGCGCAUUGAGAAAAUGAUGCUUCAAAAGGCUCAGAUCACAGAACAACAGUUAAAGMAAGCUCAAACUCAGGUGGGAAAGAUGGCCUCGGAACUGGAGAGGAGUCGGGAUCUAAGCAGAGUGAUUGUGCAUGUGGACAUGGAUGCUUUCUACGCAGCUGUGGAGAUGAGAGACUGUCCUGAGCUGAAGGACAAGCCGAUGGCUGUAGGAUCCACAAGUAUGCUGUCAACAUCGAAUUACCAUGCCAGGAAAUAUGGGGUUCGAGCUGCCAUGCCUGGCUUCAUUGCAAAGAAACUCUGCCCCAGCUUGGUGAUUGUUCCUCCUAACUUUGAUAAAUACCGAGCCGUGAGCGACGAGAUCCGGGAGAUUUUUGCAGACUACGAUCCUCACUUCCAGCCGAUGAGUCUGGAUGAGGCCUAUUUGGAUUUUACGGACCACCUGGAGCAGAGGCAGAACUGGCCAGAGGCCUCACGCACGCACCGCUUCUCCUCCCAGAGCACUGCUGCAGAUGAAAAGCAGACUCAGCAUCACCCGAAGGUAACAGACCUCUCGCCAGUCCUGUUUGAGGACAGUCCUACCUCCUCUCCCUGCCUGCCUGGCUCUGACGGGGGUGCUGGUGAUAAAUUUGAGCUGUUUGGGACCUCUGUGGAGGAGGCUGUGAGGGAGAUGCGCUUCCGCAUUGAACAGAAGACCAAGCUGACUGCCAGUGCAGGAAUUGCCCCAAACACGAUGCUGGCCAAGGUGUGCAGUGACAAGAACAAGCCCAACGGCCAGUACAGACUCCUCCCCACCAGAGAGGCAGUCAUGGACUUCAUCCAGGCGCUUCCUGUUCGCAAAGUUUGUGGCAUCGGGAAGGUGAGCGAAAAAAUGCUGAACUCUCUGGACAUCACCACCUGCGCACAUCUCGGCCAGCAGAUGGCACUGUUGUCACUGUUGUUCUCGGAGACGGCUUGGCAUCAUUUCAUGCAGAUUGCUCUGGGUCUCGGAUCCACGUUUAUACCAAGACAUGAAGAAAGAAAAAGCAUGAGCACAGAAAGAACAUUUAAAGAAUUAAGUAAACCUGAUGAGCAGCUGCUGUUAUGCAGACAGCUCUGUGAAGAUCUGGCAGAGGACCUGAGCAAAGAAGGGCUGAAGGGUAAAACGAUUACUUUGAAGCUCAAGAACGUCAACUUUGAGGUGAAAACCAGGGCGCAGACGCUCCCAUACGCCGUGGCUACGGUGGAGGACAUCUAUGCUGUCGCGAAGGAUUUAUUGAAAAUGGAAAUAGAAAAUGAAAUCCCCCAACCGCUGAGACUGAGGCUUAUGGGUGUUCGAAUAUCUGCCUUUGUCAGUGUGGAGGACAAGACGCCCAUGCAGAAAAGUAUCAUCGGCUUUCUCCAGCCAGGCAAGGCAGACUGCAGUCGCUCUUCCCAAAUAAUACAUCAAAACCUUGAGAAAAAGCAACUCUCCGAUCACCCAGUCCAAACUUCGCAGCCUUUGGCCCAUCUAGCAGGACAGGCUGACCACAGACGAGAAGAAGCUUGCUGGCAAAGUGAGCAGGGGCGUUCAGAAAAAAGAAAAAACGACGAGAAACCCCAGGAGUCCUUCUUUCAAAGAGCUCGAGCCAAAAGACUACAACUCCUGGCGGCYAACUCAAACACACAAGCUGAAAGAUGUGGAGAAGGCAUUUCUAAGAUGACCUCUGUAAGAAGUGAUUCUAAAGAGGGCAGCGAGUCGUCACAAUCAAACAACAGCAGCGUAGCUUCAGACCUUACUAAAAAAGAAUCUGUUAUCUCUGUUCCGGCUCAUUCCUCGACAUCAGGCUGUGGGACACAAACAGAGUCCCUCACAUGUCCAGUGUGUUUCGCACAGGUCCAGACAACUGACCUGAACAUCUUCAACAGACAUAUAGACCGCUGUCUUAACAAUGAUGCUGAAAAGCUAAACAAAAGCUCAGCAGCACAUUUAGACCCAGAGAAUCAGAAAUGUGAGAUGGCGCACGGACAAAACGGAGCGCACAGAGUUAAAAACGAGCCGUCUGUAAAGAGUAAAGAGCUGGAGUCGAGCAAAACUUGUCUUCAGGGAGGUCAACAGGGUUUAAAGGACAACUCUGCUCAAAAGGAUCUGCUGAUCGAGGGCGACAACAAACCCGGGACCUUGCAGGAACAUCGGUCAUGUGGUAAAAGUCCCGUCCUUGUUUGCCCAGUGUGUCAGGUGACCCAAGACACAGACGACCUCGCUGUCUUCAACCGACACGUUGACCUCUGCCUGAACCAAGAGGUCCUGCAUGAGCUCGGAGGACAGGCGACAUUUACCAGAAAACCAUCUGCAGUUAAAAAUAGCGGGACCAAAGACAACAGACUUCAACAGUCAAGACAAGGAAGUAAAGGCAAAAAUAAAAGAAGAGACACACCAUCCUCUCCUCCGUCUAAAAAAGCUAAAAGCGGCGGUUCCCGCAACACCAUCGACAAGUUCUUCAGGUGAAGGUAACCCGUGAAGAAUACCUGCCUGCUCUGGGACGAUGCAAGCAAGUUUUUUUCUUCUGCAGUGAGAAGUGACGCUCAGCUCCUCUGGUUUCAUUCAACAUUUUAUUUAAAUUAAUGUCAUAAACUCACAAUCAUCACACAAAAAUGAUGUAUAAGAAAAAUCUGCUCCCACAAGAAGUGAAGCACUUGCACUAAUUAACCUGUAUUUUAAACCAUAAACAAAAAUACAAUAAUUCUUCAGAGAUUCUUAUUUUAUUCCAGAUUUCAUGUUUCUGUUUAUUGUUGUUUUUUAAAGAAUUCUAAUAUUUAAAUCUGCUUUUGACUUUUGACUUGUAAAGUAAAAAUUAUCUUCAAGUUAUUUUCAAUGAUUUCUUUAUUUUUUUUGUACUGAUCAUG